GCUUACAAAUCUACAAACAAAUUGCUAAGUUUUGUGCGCACGCACCACUGUAAAAAGGCUGAGAUACAAGUACAAGACACCACCUACCUGCUGCCGGAUCGACUUCUUGGAAAAGAAGCCAAUUUAAGUGUUGCCACCUAUUCGUUUAGGCCACCCUGACAGAAACGGAUAUAGCUACGCCGCUGAUGCUCGUCUAGCUGGACUGUUCAAUUGGACUGCCGUUUUGCAACACCGACAUUAGACACGCACACUAUUCGUCUCGCUCGCUUUCAUUAUUCGCCAACGACACAGGCAAUCGCUGCGGUCACCCACCUACAUUCGUCUCGCUCACGCGCGCGCUCGAGAGCCCCGCAUUGAUUGGGAAAAAAUAUUCGUCGCCGUAGUCUUCUUCGUCGGGUCGCCGUUUUUACUCGCAGUGCGCUGGUGCUGCAUUAUUUCGAGACAAGGGACACAUCUAGAGAGCCAUAUUAAGUAUCAAAGUUCUGAGGCGCAACGCAGCUUUUGUGUUUCGUUUUCGUUCGAUUCUAAGCAAGCAGGAGAUUUGUUGAGAAACCCCCGAUUCUGUGCGAAGAACAAAAGAAAUACGCGAGACACCAACACCAGCAAACAAACAUCCAACCAAACACACACAUACACAACCCAGAAAAUCAAAUUUCAAUCAGAAAAUGGCGUUAAAAAGAAUCAAUAAGGAACUGCAAGAUCUGGGCAGAGAUCCACCUGCACAAUGUUCAGCCGGUCCAGUUGGAGAUGAUUUAUUUCACUGGCAAGCUACAAUAAUGGGCCCGCCGGACAGCCCUUACCAAGGAGGUGUAUUCUUCUUAACUAUACAUUUUCCAACAGACUAUCCCUUUAAACCACCCAAAGUGGCUUUUACAACGCGCAUAUACCAUCCAAACAUCAACAGCAAUGGGUCGAUUUGUCUCGAUAUAUUAAGAUCUCAGUGGUCGCCAGCAUUAACUAUUUCAAAAGUCUUAUUAUCAAUUUGCUCUCUACUCUGUGAUCCCAAUCCAGACGACCCACUUGUUCCAGAGAUUGCCAGAAUAUAUAAAACCGACCGGGAAAAAUACAAUGAGCUGGCACGAGAGUGGACUAGAAAGUAUGCUAUGUGAUGCGUUCCAGAUUGCAGCAGUCCAACAGAAUCAGCAAAUUCAACAUCAACAACAGCAGCAGUAAAAGCAGAUGCGUAUGCAAAUGCAACAGCAACAGCAGAAGCAACAACAACAGUAAAAGCAACAGCAACAGCAACAAAGAUAACAUCAACACUUUACAAUAGUCAAAAUCAGAAGAAGAAGAAGAAGACGCAGAGGAGCUGCAGCCGCGGCAUUGUUAAUGGCAAUGGCCGCCGUGCGGUUGACCACAACAAUAACCACAAUAUCAGCAGGAACUGCGGCCUCAGCAGCAGCAACCAUAAAACCAACAAUCGCCACAGCAACAUCAGCAACAGCAACUGCAGCAGCAGCCGCAGCAGCGACAUCAACAUCAACACCAAUAACUGCAACAACAACAUUUGCAACAAGAUCAGCAACUGUCGCAGUCAUCUUUGCCGCCGCUGUCGCUGCUACCGCCUCCGCAGAGGCAUUAGCAUUAGAAACGGCAACGUUGGCAGCGGUACCAACAGCAGCGGCAAACGACAGUGGACCGGAGGCCUUGCAGUAGCAGCAGCAGGAGCAGCAACAACAUCAGCAGCAGCAGCAGAAGCAGUAGUAGCUGGAGCAACAACUGGCAGAUUGGUGGCGGACUGGGAUUAAGUGUGUUUUGACCGAACAGAAACAGAACAGCAUAAACGGAAAUAAUUUAAUAAUAAUUACUGAAAAAUUAUGUAAGCAUUAAACAUUAAAAGCUAGACAGCUACCAACAACAGCAUCAACAUAAUAAGUUUAAAUACAAAGAAAAACAAAACUACAAAUAAAAAUCAGCUGGAAAAUUA